AGGCACCGCUCUCAGUAUCGCAGAGUUUCUCAAGACACAAACCAAAAGCUAUGCAGAAAAAUACUUCACAUCCUUUCUUCCUUCCCCUAUUAUUCCUUUUAUCUCUCCAUUCAAUCUCGGCCCUUAAUCUCAAUCCGAUGCCAUCCGUAGAUUUCAUCCCCAACCCCGGCUCAGAUUUCAUCCGCACCAGCUGCAACGCCACUGUCUACCCCGACCUCUGCUACGCCUCCUUGAAAGGGUACUCCAGUUCAGUCCAGGAGGACCCUUCGCUGCUGGCUUGCGUCGCCAUCGGCGUCAGCUUGAAGAAGACGAAAGCAAUGGCGGCCUACGUCGCCAACCUGAAUCGCGAGGCCGAUUACAACUCCGACCCCCGGGCGUCGUCGGCUCUAUACGACUGCCAGUCGAACUUCGGCCACGCUGUCGACGAGAUCCAUGGAUCGCUGAAACAGAUGCGCCACCUCCUCGCGGCGGGAGGCUCGAAGGAGAGCCUAAGGUUCCUGAUGAGUAAUGUGCAGAAGUGGAUGAGCGCCGCGUUGACGGACCAGGAGACGUGCACGGACCGUUUCGAUGACGUGGCGGACGGGCCGGUGAAGGCGGACGUUGUUGAUAGGGCGGCGUAUGUGAAAAAGCUGACGAGCAAUGCGCUUGCCUUGUUUAAUAGUUUUGUUGAAAAAUGUUGGGGUAAGAGAACACAUUGUUGACACUCUUAUCUGAGUCCUAGCCCUCAUGAGGCCAUCAAGGGAAUUGACUGAUGAUCAAAUGAUGGGUGGUUUUGGACCGUUGGAUGUUGGUGAGUAUAAGAUGAUCAAAGGUAAGAUGCCAUUGCUUAAUUCCCAAAAUGAAUGUAAAAACAAGGAAUAAUAAAAUGGUGCUUUUUGGCACGAUGCUUAGGGUUC